UGAAGAGGAAGGCAGUGUUAUGUCUGAACCAAUGUCCCUCAGUUCAUCACCUGUAGCUACAGACAUUCUAACUGGAAACUGUGUCCACAACCCCAUGGAAUUGUCAGAAAGAAGAGAUAAUGGCUUGUGUUCUAUUUUUGAAAUACCUACAAAAUAUCAACACAUUUUUGCUUCAUACCCAUGUUUCAAUGCUAUACAGUCAAAAGUAUUGAAUGAUGUUCUGUAUUCAGAUGCAUCAGUAGUAGUGUCCGCUCCCACUGGGUCAGGGAAAACAGUUAUCUUUGAGUUGGCAAUCAUAAGGUUGCUGACCAAAUUAGAAGAAAUGGAAUAUGCAGGACAAUACAAAAUUGUGUACAUGGCACCAGUGAAAGCCUUGUGUUCAGAGAGAUUUCAAGACUGGAGAUCAAAGUUCUUAUCACUUGGUUUGAGUUGCAAAGAAUACACAGGUGACACAGACGAAUAUGACCUUGAUAGUCUCUUGUCUUACCACCUGAUCCUCACUACACCAGAAAAAUGGGACUCCCUUACCAGAAAAUGGAAAAACAAUAAAGGAAUAGUACAGAUGGUCAAAUUAUUCCUUAUUGAUGAGGUUCAUCUCUUGAACGAAGAAGAGCGUGGACCAACUCUGGAAGCAGUAGUGAGUCGUAUGAAGACGGUACAGGGGGCUAUUGGCGCGACACAGUGGCAAAAACAGAAUCAAAGUGACCCAGACACAUUGUUGUCUGGAAUACGUUUCCUGGCCGUUUCAGCAACCAUUCCAAACACUGAAGACAUAGCAUGCUGGCUGGGUGAGUCGCCUGAUUACCCUGCCAGAUUCUACAAAAUUAAUGACGACAUGCGACCAGUUAAACUGCAAAAAAUUGUUCUGUGUUAUCCACAUCUAGCUGGGGCCUCCCAAUUUCACUUUGAAAUGUCCCUGAGCUAUAAACUACGCACCAUUCUGUUCAAGUAUGCUGAUGGCAAGCCCACGCUUAUAUUCUGCAGUACGAGAAAAGGCGUUGAACAUACAUGCAGCACUCUCACACAGCAGAUCACAUUCAGUUUUAGUGCAGAACAGAAAGAGAGGAUUUCUGAGGUUGCUAUUGCCCUCAAUGACAACAAGCUUAAAGAGUGUGUGAUGGCAGGUGUGGGGUAUCAUCAUGCUGGUAUGGGGAAGGAGGACAGGCAGGCACUGGAAGGUCUGUUCCGAGAGGGAAUGCUACCAGUACUUGUGACUACAAGUACAUUAGCUAUGGGAGUUAAUUUACCGGCACAUCUUGUCAUCAUAAAGGCUACACAGCAGUACAUCGGUGGUUCGUACAAGGACUACACAGACACACAGAUUCUCCAAAUGAUUGGCCGUGCAGGGAGACCACAGUUUGAUACUAGCGCUGUUGCGAUCAUUAUGACUAAGGAGUCACACAGGUCCCGUUACGAGAAGGUGAUGAGUGGUAAGGACCUGAUAGAGAGCAAUCUGCACCAACACCUAGCAGAGCACCUCAACUCUGAAGUCGUAUUACGUACGGUCACAGACAUCGGAUAUGCAAUGGAAUGGAUCAGAUCUACAUAUCUGUAUGUGCGCGCUCUGCAGAACCCAAGUCACUAUGGCAUUCCAUGCAGUCUGAACAAGAAAGGCAUUGAGGGUAAACUGCAGGAAAUGUGCCAACGUGAGCUGAACGCUCUUUCUAGCGCCAAGCUGCUUACCAUAGAUCAUCGAAUGGAUGUGCACCCCACUAAAGAUGGAGCCCUCAUGGCACGGUUCUACCUUAAUUUAGGAACCAUGAAGACUUUCCACAAGGUGGAUGGACAUGAGAGUUUGCAGGAGAUAGUGCAAUUAGUGGCAGCCUGUCAUGAGUUUUCAGGGAUGAAGUUACGUGUUAGCGAGAAGAAGAACCUUAACAUGCUCAAUAAGGCCCGCAAUCAUGAAUGCAUCCGCUUUCCACUGCCCACCAGAAUCAUGACAACAGAGAUGAAAAUCAAUUGCCUUAUUCAAGCCUUCCUCGGAUGUUUACCAAUCCAUGAAUCAUCCUUGAAGCAGGAUGUUUUCCGAAUAACAUGGAUUGGGAAACGGGUGACCAAUGCUUUAGUUCAGUACCUGCUCCAGCGUCCUCAUUAUCAAGCACUAGUUAGUGCCAUCACCCUUGCCAAAUGUUUCUACUGCAAGCUGUGGGAAAAUUCUCCAUAUAUGUCAAGACAGUUAAAGGGAAUUGGAGCAGCAUUGUCAUCAAUGUUAGCAGUCUCAAACAAGACCAGUUUUCAGUCCAUUAGGGAAUCUAAUCCACGUGAUCUUGAAAGUAUUCUGAACCGUCCCCCACCCACUGGUGAUAAUCUGAAAGCUGAAGUGGAUCAUCUUCCACGUUUUGAACUGAGAACAGAAACUACUACAAAUAUGUCACGUACUGACCUUCAUAUCUACAUUGAGAUGACAAAUCGCACAAUCAUACAAGAACACAACACAGCUGGAAAAAAUCACUGGAUUUUUCUACUGGUGGGCAACUCCAAUAACAAGGUCAUUUACAAGGAAAGGUUCAGAGACACUCGUCUAUUGGAAGGUACUGAAUGUUGGACAACGGAAAUAAAAGAUCCAUCCUCAGUUAAUGAAGUGUAUGUGAACCUCAUCAGUGAACAAUGGGUUGGUCUUGAUGUUCAUUCUAGUAUAAAAUUACAACAGCCAACACAAACAAUCCCUCUGGAAGCAAAGAAUUCCAUCGGAAAGUACCUACAGAAACAAGGGACGAAUAAAGGCAGUCUAACCUCUAAACAGUCCACAUCUCAAACACUGAAACGGGCGAAGUCUUCUAUUGUAGACAAGAUUAAAGAAAUGUCUGAGAAGAGACUUGGCAAUACAAGUGGGACCCCAACUAUGCUCACACUUAACAAGGCUGCUUACACUCCUGCAAAGAGAAUAAAAUUGUUACCGCUCCUGGAGCAGCUCAAAAAACCGGAAGAUGAACAAAAUGAUAUGCCUCAAUUCCACAAUCCUGACAGACUUCUAAUGCAACAAUUGAAUCAUGAAAUACAGUCCAGACAUGUCAAGCCAAAGCUAAUAACAGAUGAAGAGCGACACAGUUUGCACAAGCCAUCCAGUCUGGGGCAUACAUCUACAGAUGUCAAUCAACUGAAAACCCUGCUGCAAGAUGGGUCUACCAACACUUGUAAAGAUCCAGAAAUGCAGUUGAACCAAUCCAGAAUUAUAAAAUGCAGUGCAGAUCAGAAGCAACAUAACACUUCAAUGCUGCAAGAUGGUGGUCCAUGUCAGCCAGCUGCCACAGAGCACACUGCACUGCUGACAGCUGAAACAGGAUUGGAAUACAAGGUUCACACAACUCAGGAGACAAAUUCUACAUUGCACUUAACAAAAUUAUCUCAGAAUAAUAUGUCAUGUAAUGAUUUUAAGCUAAUUAAUCCGUCCACAACAAAAUCAACUGAAUGUAGUUACACACCAUUCAAAGAAAAUACUGAGCUGUGUGAAGGCUCCAUACAAGAAGAUAAACACUUCGAGAAAAAAAUGAAUACAAAUUUUGAAUCAAGACUGACUAUAACUUUAAAUCCAUCAGGAGAGGAGUAUCUAGAAACAGAAAAAUCUGUCAUUUUUAAUCCACAAUUAACUAACAGUUCCAGUUCCCACAACAAUUUUCUCACUGAAGAGUAUAACUCUGAAGAAUCAACAACAAAUGAAUGUGAUUUUCAGAAUGGGAAGACCUCUAAAUAUAAGAUGGUAAUGAAGCCUCCAUCAAUCCCAUCCCUUAAUGCUCACUUCAGUAUUCAUAAGAAUUAUCUGAAAACGGAAAUGCUUCCAGCAAAUCUACCAACUUCCAACAAAGAUGUGACCCAGCAGGAUGAUGCACUCAGACUUUCAAGUGAUGGAGAAUCAAAACAACUUGAUUUUCAGGAAGAACAUAUGAGACAUGGUCUUGCCAUUAGGAGUGACAGUUCAGUACAUUUAGCUGAUCCAGCAGCUGCCAAAAGAGAACACACCCACACAAAUGCAAAACAAAAUGCAUAUUCGCUAAAUACAAAAGAAAGAAAAAGAUUAUUAUUUCAGAGAACUCUGCCCAAGCACUACUACCCAGUUUUUAUGAACUCACUUCAAUCUGACACAACUGGGCCUGCAGACCUUCACUCCACUAAAUGUGAUCACCUGAAAGAACCAUCUAAUGAAGUAGCUUCAGCCUUCCUAACAAAAGAGAAUGUAACCUUCAGUGGGAUUCUGCCAGAGUCCAGGAAGGAAAACACACAGUGUGAUGAUGGUACUUGGGCAGCAGAUUCAGAUAACGUAAUGAAAAGAGUUAAAGAAAUCCAACCACUCCCUGAAGAAGCUAAUUUCAGUAUCACUGCCCAAAUAAAAAGUGAAGCAUCAGUUCUGAAAAAAUCAUGCAAGUCACGUGUCUCUGAAGGUUCUCUUACCAGUGAAAACAGACCUGAAGUUGAAGAAGACAGAAGUACAGAAAAUGAGAAAACUGACGAUGAUUCUGAAUCAAAGAAUUAUCCAGUCCCUAAUUUUGAUCUUGUCAAAGACAUUGACAGUUUUCUUGUUGGCAUAUUCCAUGAAGACAAUGGAGAAUGCCAAGCUAAAAAUAUAUAUAACAAUAAGGAUAAUAAGUACUUCAUGGCUAAUGUAACUACAUCCACCAAAUAUUUGGACAGGAACAACUUUGUAAGUCAUGGCUCUCUAGACAACGGAAAUGGAUAUCGGCACAGGAUUACUAGGAAUAACAUGAAGUAUGAACACAUUUUGAAUCUGUUACUCAAAGAUGUUUCAAAGAAAGAAAUUAUGUCCUCUUCAUCCAUAACAGGAGCGAACGAACAGUAUGAUACAAACAUGUUAUCAUCAUCACAGUUUCAGUUUCAGCCUGAAUCUCAGAAAAUGUCUGUUAAUUUAUGGGCCAAAAAUAAACUAACACUUUCACAUUUUACACAGAAACCACAAGACCAUGACUCAGUUAUAAUAACCAAUAAAAACUCAAAACACAUACUUCCAUUCAGUAAUUUCACACAAACUUUACAAACACAUAACCCAAACCAUACUGAUUAUUGUAACAGAACAUACAUACAACAUAAAUUCAGCUGUCCACCUUUGGUCCAAGGAGGAUAUACAAAUAUGUCCUGUGAUUCAGAUGGCAUCCCUGAAAGCAUAAAUGGAAUGUUACAAAGAAAUGAAACUUCCAGGCGAUGGAAUGAUGCUGCAUUAGUUAACCUUCCCACUGAACAGCUACAAAGUAAAUUCAGCUGUCCGCCUUUGGUCCAAGGAGGAUAUACAAAUAUGUCCUGUGAUUCAGAUGGCACACCUGAAAGCAUAAAUGGAAUGUUACAAGAAAAUGAAACUUCCAGACGAUGGAAUGAUGUUGCAUCACUUAACCUUCCCACUGAACAGCUACAAAGUAAAUUCAGCUGUCCGCCUUUGGUCCAAGGAGGAUAUACAAAUAUGUCCUGUGAUUCAGAUGGCACACCUGAAAGCAUAAAUGGAAUGUUACAAGGAAAUGAAACUUCCAGGCGAUGGAAUGAUGCUGCAUCAAUUAACAUUCCCAUGGAACAGCUACCUCCAUUCAGAGAGAAAGAAUCAUACACUCAAAUUUUUGAGUUUGGAAAUUCACUCUACACAGAGCCACAGUUGUCACCCCUUCAGGACAGAGCAACCACAAGAGCUGCUUUGUAUAUGCCAACUAAAUGUGCUACAGGCAUCACUGAAAGUUCCCCCAACAUGAAUUCUCAGUGGCAAAAGUUUCAAAUGUCUCCAAUAAGUUCAGAUGAUACAUGUGAAGUAUACUACUGACCAAGUUGAAUAAAUGAUAUGUGAUGCAUGUGAAUAAAAUUCACUUUCAAAAUGUACAACCUAAUUUUAAUACGGGCUUUACCUUAAGUAUUUUCAUAGUGUUCAGAAAAGAUUAAUCUCUUUGAAAUCAGGUUCCUCACUCAAGAGGUGAAUGAAUGUAAGAAUGAGAUGACACUGGGUGCCUUAUUGCAGAAGACAUGUUCUUGAAGAACAUCUCAAGACCUUUCAAUAUGAAGUGAAAAGUAAUUCAGUCAAAUACUCAAGAAGAAACCAGAACUUUCCAUAGUGUUUAACCCCUCCUAUAGUUGGUCAUCAAACCAAGUCAUGUCCAAUGGAAAGAAGCGCAAUACUGGUCCUCAUAUGCGAGACAUAUUCUCCUGUGGUAGUGGGAAGUAACUAUUAUUCUCUGACAAUCUAGAAAAUGUGUCAUAAGGAAAUAAAUUGUAUCUUCAAACAUUCUGGGCAUAAUCAGUGGUACUUGCACAUACAAAUGUGGGAAGUUGUAUUUCAAAUAAUAUAUAAACUCUGUAGCACAAUACUUUAAAAAUACUCAACACUUUGUUGUUUACUCUAAGAAAUAUUUGCAACAUUAACUUCUCAAUUAUAUGCUGCAAUUUCCUGAUUAAUUUAUAUUUUUUAAGAUUCUAUAUUCAUAACUUAUUAAUGAUUAUUGAGCUUAUGCUGCAUAACUCAACAACUGACACAACUGCAACCUGGAGGCUAGCACAAUACAUAAGAAAUAAGUUGCUGUAGUCUAUUAUCAACAAUUUCAUAUAAAAUUGUUAUGACAAAACCAAGAUGUCAAUAAUAAUGUAUUUAACCAUCCUGUUGAAUAAAUAUAUUCUUCACAAAGUAUACCUCAACCCACAAUGCAACUUAUUUAUUUUCUCCUUCUUGUUUUCACUUUCACAACAUGUUUCAGCAGUAAUGGCCAUCAUCAGGUGUUCUUUUGUCAAAAAUUGCUUCACUGUGUGGUUUAUCCCACUUCUAUCACAUGAAGGCAAUAUGUCCUAAUUUAAAAUAACGGACUCUAUUAAAAUCAAUAAGUCUAGUUAAAAGUUUAGUUUAAAUUUUUCAAUAUUUUGCUUUGCCUGCCUACAGGCAGGGGGCAUACAUAACUACAUCAAUAUUUUGAGAGCUACAUACACACAAACACCCAUGCCACUGUGCAAGUAAUCCAAACAAAGCAAAAUGUUGAAAAAUUUAAACUAAAUUUUAACUAGACUUACUGAUUUUAAUAGAAUCCAAUAUUUUAAUUUGGGGCAUAAUCACAUUCAUAUGUGAUAGAAGUGGGACAUACCACACAGUGGAACAGUUUUUGACAACAGAAUGCCUAAUGAUGCCCAUAUAUGGCUGAAAUAUGUCAUGAAAGUGAAAAAGGUGAAGAAAAUAAAUAAGUUGCAUUGUGGGUGGAGAUACAGAUGGUGAAGAAGACAUAAAUAAACCGAGACGUGUGUUAAUUUACUUUAUCCAUUCUAUGUAGCAUUCAAUGUUCUGAAUGCCUUAAGGCGUCUUUUCAGCUAAAGUUUUUCACUUGCAUAUACCGCCAAAUCCUGAAUUUAUAACAAACCCACACCACAGCUCAGGUUAGUCAGUGACUUCUUACCACAGAGGCUCAGGUUAAACCCCAGGGUAGUCAAUGUAGGAUUUGUCAUGGAUAAAGUGGCA